CGCUCCGGCGGCGGCCGGCGCAGGACAAUGGAAGAGGCGACAGUGGCAGCGGCGGCAGCGGCGACGGCGGGGGGCCCCUGCCCGGCGGAUCGACCGGGGGCAACGGCGGCGUUGAGCGGGGAGAACGAGGCCGAGAGCCGGCAGGGCCCGGCGGAGCGCGGCGGGGACGCGGCCCCGCUCAACCUGUUGGAUACUUGCGGCGUGUGCGGGCAGCCCAUCCAGAGCCGGCGGCCCAAGCUGCUGCCCUGCCUGCACUCGGUGUGCCAGCGCUGCCUGCCGCAGCCCGAGCGGUACCUCAUGCUGCCCCCCGUCCUGGCGCCCGCGGCCGCCGCCGCCCCCAAGGAGCCGUUGCCGGCGGUGCCCCCUUCCUCACCCGUCCCUCCUCCGGCCUCCCCCCUGCACUGCACGCCCGUCGGUGUUAUCCGCUGUCCAAUUUGUGGUCAGGAAUGCGCAGAGAGACACAUCAUAGAUAACUUUUUUGUGAAGGAUACCACAGAGGUUCCCAGUAGCACAGUAGAGAAAUCAAAUCAGGUCUGCACAAGCUGUGAAGACAAUGCAGAAGCUCAUGGUUUUUGUGUGGAAUGUGUAGAAUGGUUGUGCAAGACCUGCAUCAGAGCUCACCAGAGGGUUAAAUUUACAAAGGAUCAUACUGUGAGGCAGAAAGAGGAAGUAUCUCCAGAGGCAGUUGGUGUGACCAGUCAGCGACCAGUGUUUUGCCCUUACCACAAAAAGGAGCAGUUGAAGUUGUAUUGUGAAACCUGUGACAAGUUGACCUGCCGAGACUGUCAGUUACUAGAGCACAAAGAGCACAGGUACCAGUUUAUAGAAGAAGCCUUUCAGAACCAGAAAGUGAUCAUUGAGACACUAAUCACCAAAUUGAUGGAGAAGACUAAAUACAUAAAAUAUACAGGGAAACAGAUCCAAAACAGAAUUCUUGAAGUGAAUCAGAAUCAAAAGCAGGUGGAACAGGAUAUUAAAGUCGCCAUAUUUACACUGAUGGUAGAAAUAAAUAAAAAGGGAAAAGCUCUGCUACAUCAGUUGGAGACUCUGGCAAAAGAGCAUCAGAUGAAACUUCUGCAGCAACAACAGGAAGUGGCGGGUCUCUCUAAACAGCUGGAACAUGUCAUGAAUUUUUCCAAAUGGGCAGUUUCCAGUGGGAGCAGCACAGCACUCUUGUACAGCAAACGCUUGAUUACAUAUCGUCUACGGUAUCUUCUCCGAGCAAGGUGUGAUCCUUCACCAGUCACUAACAAUACCAUCCAGUUUCACUGUGAUCCAAGCUUCUGGGCUCAAAAUAUUUUCAAUCUAGGUUCUUUGGUAAUUGAAGAUAAAGAAACCCCACCACAUGUGCCCAAGAGCCCUGUGAUGGAACCAAACUUGCAGCCACCAGGCAGCUUACCUUCAAACCAGCUCUCCAAGUUCCCAACACAGAUAAGCUUAGCUCAGCUCCGACUCCAGCACAUGCAGCAACAGGUCAUGGCUCAGAGACAGCAAGCUCAACGCAGAGCAGGUCCAGUAGUUUUACCAAAUCCAAGAAUGCCAGGAGCCAUGCAGCAACCUCCUGCUUCCCAUCAGGCACCUCCGCGCUUGAUUCAUUUUCAGAAUCAAAGCCCCAAGCCCAAUGGUUCAGUUCUUCCUGCACAACAGAUGAGAUUUCCCCAAAAUCAGAACAUACCAAGGCAAGCAGUAAAGCCCAGCCCAUUGCAAAUGGCAUUCUUGGCACAGCAAGCCAUAAAACAGUGGCAGAUCAGUAGUGGACAAACUUCAACAGCCCUUACAACUGCAAGCAGCACAACAUCGACUCCAUCAAGCCCUACAGUCACCAGUGCUGUUGGAUAUGAUGGGAAGACAUAUGGUCCCCCUGUGAUAGAUUUGAGUUCCCCAGUGGGUAGCUCCUAUAAUCUGCCAUCUCUCCCUGAUAUUGAUUGUUCGGGAAACAUCACACUGGACAAUGCUGUAAGGAAGGAUGGCACUGCAGAGCAGAAUCAGCCAAAACCACCUUCAAACAGGACUGUGCAGUCACCAAAUUCCUCGGUGCCAUCACCAGGCCUCUCAGGAGGAAUCAGUGUGACGAAUGUACACCCUCCAGUUCGUUCACCCAGCGCCUCCAGUGUAGGGAGCAGAGAGAGUUCUGGCUCCUCCAGCAGACCACCAGGAGCUGAUUCGACACACAAAGUCCCAGUUGUUAUGUUGGAACCCAUUAGAAUUAAACAGGAGUCAAAUGCACCAAAUGAGAACUUUGAUUUCCCAGUUGUUGUAGUGAAGCAAGAAACCGAUGAGGAACCCCGGCCUCGGAAUUCCAUACUUACCUCAUUGCUGUUGGAUGGCAAUCAUAAUUCCACUUCUGAUGAAGCUGUCUUAAGAACAGAUGCACCAGACAGCACAGAUGAUCAGCCAGGAGUCCUGCAGGAGAACACAUUCAGUGGGAAAACGGGAUGGGUAGGACCCUCCCAUGUUGGGGAGGGCAGAAAAGAGGAUGAUCCAAAUGAAGAUUGGUGUGCUGUAUGUCAAAAUGGAGGGGAGCUCCUUUGCUGUGAGAAGUGUCCCAAAGUAUUCCAUCUUUCCUGUCAUGUUCCUUCAUUGAUGAGCUUUCCAAGUGGAGAGUGGAUCUGUACGUUCUGUCGGGAUUUGUCCAAGCCAGAAGUUGAAUAUGACUGUGACAAACCUACUCACAGCUCUGAAAAAAGAAAAUUGGAAGACACUGUGGGUUUGGCGCCAAUAGACCGUAGGAAGUGUGAAAGACUGCUGCUAUACCUCUACUGUCAUGAAAUGAGUCUUGCCUUUCAAGAUCCAGUUCCUCCCACAGUUCCUGAUUACUACAAAAUAAUCAAGAAGCCUAUGGACUUGUCAACCAUCAAGAGAAGACUUGAAGUGACCAAUUCAUUCUACACAAAGCCAGAAGAUUUUGUGGCUGAUUUCAGACUGAUUUUCCAAAACUGUGCUGAAUUUAAUGAGCCUGAUUCAGAAGUGGCUGACGCCGGCAUGAAACUCGAAGCGUACUUUGAAGAACUUCUAAGGAACCUUUAUCCUGAGAGAAAGUUCCCCGUACAACCUAAUGUCCAGAGUGAAAAAGAUAAUACAGAACUCACUGAUGACUCAGAUGAUGACUUUGUACAACCCCGGAAAAAACGCCUCAAAGGAGAAGACCGUCAGUUGCUUAAAUGAGCCACAUGUGUUACUACGAAAAGUUUUUUAAAAACUGAGAAUAUUUAUCACUGUUACCACUGUUUUGACUUGUAGGUUUGUGAAUAUUUACCAGACUUUCUACCCCUUGUCUGAAAUAGAAAUCUGUGGAGAUCAAGACAUGUGAAGAGCUUCUCUGAAGUUCAAAACUUUCAUCUCUUUUCUGGAGCAGCACAGAAAUUGCCAUUUUGUGGGGUGACAGCUGUUUAACUUUGCUUUGAGGAAGAAGUUUGUAUAGAAUUGAACUUCAAAACAUCACAUGGCUUCAACAUGUGGCUUUCUGAGUUUGAAGAAAAUGUGGUCUCACCGGACUUUUAAUUUUACCAAAGGCAUGUGGCUGGCCAUAAUUUGUUCUCUUUGUACUGUAUUUAACACAAGCCAUGAAAAAAGAUGGUGUUAUUGUCCUGCAGUACUGAUUGGUACAGUGAAAGUGUAGUUGCCCCCAAAGAACUUAUUGGGAAUUUUAAAAUGUAAGGGCGGGGGGGGGCGUAUUAAAAAUAACUUCUGAAAAAAGGAAGAAAAGGAACUUGUUUGAGAGUUUUUAAUGGAGAAAGUAAAGGACAGAAUACUUUGGUUUGCGCCAUUUUUCUCACCACCAGCAAGAAACAAUGGUAUUGCUGUACUGUUUUGUUUAAUGGGUGUCUCAAGUGUGAUGUACCUCUGUUUGAUGAAGUUGAUGGGAAAGUUUGUUUGCAACUCUCA